UGAUGUUAAGGUGGGAGGCAUAAAUACUCCGUCGUCUUGGUAUCUGAUGUGCAGUCGGGAUGAUGAUGUGGUCGCUGGUAGUAGCAGCGCUUGUCGGUUUCGUAGCGGCAGUUCAAGCUGCUCCCUAUCAGGAAUAUACAAAACCGCUUAUUCUCGUGUUAGAUCGUACGAUAAGCGUAUUGAGUAGUGGUAAUAUAACAAACACUACGUUUCAAGUAUCCGAAGCGUGUAAAAAUUCAACUUCAUUUCUAAUAGGAGAAAUUAAAAAGGGUGCUCUAUGGGCAUUAAGAAUUAUAGAUGCCACAGGGAAGCCGUCCACGGGAUUUUUAGAAUCUGGUACGACCAUGCCAGGUUUUUUUACCGAAUGUAUCCAAACUUUUACAUCUUCCAAUCGAACUUCUGAGUUCGGAGGGAAAUACUGCCUUGCAGAGAUAUUUAUACCAGAAAAUAAAUUAAAUGAAAAAAAUUCCGACGAACCUUUCAAUAUUGUCAAAGAUUCCAGGCCUUAUGUAGGUGUCUGCAUUCCUUCCGUUUGUUCGGAUAAGGAUGUGGAAAUGGCAAUAAGAUACGCCACACGUACAGUUGUUGAAGAUGCAAACGUAACAUUAUCAACGUGUUAUACGAAUGAAAAUCUCUUCAGAUACGACAUAGCAGCAAUCGCCAUGACAACUAUUCUUAGCUUUAUGAUACUGUUAGUUUUUAUCGGUACUUUGUACGAAAUUGUAAAAUCUUUGCUCGUUUACAACGAAUCGACGUUAAAAAAAUCCGCAACUUCCACUGAUACAAUUCCUGUAACCACAGCUUCUUCCGAAAUCUUAUGCGAGAGGAGAGAACCCAAGAAAAGAUGUUCUUUUAUAGAGAAACUACUACUAUGUUUCUCGAUGAAGACAAACGGGAAAAAAAUUCUAGAAGUUAAUUAUGUUAAAGGAUCCAUCGAUGCAUUACAUGGAAUAAGAUUUAUCAGCAUGAUAUGGAUCAUUUUCGGUCAUUCAUUUUCAUUCGCCGAGCAAUGGCUAUUCUUACGAAAAUUACCCGGUCAAUCGUCAAUUAACAUUAAUUUCUUCAGUCAAAUAUUUGCUAACGGUACAUUUGCAGUAGACACAUUUUUAUUUCUAAGCGGAUUUCUUAUGGCUUACUGCACUUUAAAGAACAUAAAGAAAACAGGGAAAUUUAAUGUGUUUCUCUUUUAUUUUCAUAGAUACAUAAGAAUGACUCCUUUAAUGAUGGCGAUUAUUGGUUUCUGCGCGUGUAUAUUGAGAUAUAUAUCCAGUGGUCCGAGAUGGUUAGAAAAUACAUCAGUUUACGACACGUGGUGCAAAGAAAAUUGGUGGACGAAUCUUAUUUAUUUGCAAAAUUUUAUCAAUACAACAAAUAUGUGCCUUUCACACACAUGGUAUUCAGCUGUAGAUAUGCAACUAUUCAUCAUAUCACCUAUUAUAAUAUAUAGCUUACACAGAGGGAAGAAAUACGGAUUACCUGUUAUAUCGCUACUCUUCGCAGUAACAAUAGGGCUAACAGCGUAUUUAACAGCGGCUCAUAAUUAUCCAGCAAUUCCCUAUGUCUCUAAUAUUGUUCCUACAGAUUUGAUGAACGAGUAUUUUGCAGCUGUAUAUAUAAAACCUUAUUGUAGAAUGGGUCCUUAUUUAGUCGGGAUUCUUCUCGGAUACAUGUUAUACGAUUUACACGAACCAAUAACAAUAGCAAAGCAUUGGGUAAUGACCGGAUGGUUAGUCACGUUAGCUACAAUGCUAUUUAUCAUCUACGCAAUGUGGCCCGCUAAUAGGGGAAUUUUACCAACUGUGGACGAAGCAUCAGCGUAUGGUGCCCUGGCGAGAACGAUAUGGGGAAUUGGUUUAGCAUGGAUAACAUUUGCCUGCAUGACAGGAUAUGGAGGUUUCGUAAAUACCUUUUUAUCGUGGAAAGCGUUGAUACCUUUCAGUCGCUUGACGUAUUCUGCCUAUCUUAUACAUCCCGUAUUAAUGGUGAUAUUUUACAGCACAAGAGAGACUACAUUUGAUUUUACAGUAUCUUUUAUGAUUUAUAUUGUAAUUGGAAAUCUAGUCUUCACUUAUUUUUUGUCAUUCUUCUUGUCAAUUGUAUUCGAAUCGCCGAUCAUAGGAUUAGAGAAGACAUUUUUGCACAACAGAUCACGAUGAUGAUGAUGAUUUUUUCUUCCUCAAACAACAACAACAAAGAUCAUCACAACUUUCUGGAAACAAUGGAGAAUACUUUAGAAUUUAUUUAAAAAUGCCGCUGUUUAUACCGAUAAAAUAAUGUUUUUAAAUAGCACAAAAUUCACAUGUUGCCAAUCAGUAUUUAUAUUUUGCAUUUUGUUAUAGAUUGUCUAUUUGAAAAAUUAAAUUUUUUCGUAUUUUUGUCACGUCUUGUCUUCG